AUGGUGUGCUUUUGUUUUUUGGUGGAUCAAAAGAGAAUAAUGAAAAAGAGUAAACCAAUAGCUUGUUCUUGUUCAAGAUGCAAUUGCAGUGCCCAUGUGGCUGAUAUGUGUACACUUACAAGAUUUUGUUACAUCCCUUUUUAUUGGAGAUCUUGGAAGGCAAUUGUUUGUUGUUUUUGUGGUGCAAUUCUCAAGUCUUAUACAUAA